AUGAAGAUUCGUGUGGUCCAGAUCUGGGGUUUCCUGAUGACAGUUUUGGGCUGGAUCUUCAUGGCCUGCACAUUGGCCAUGGAGGGCUGGAAGAUCACCGCCAUUGGGGGCAUGGGGGGCUCCGCCGUCAUCAAGGUGGCCUGGUAUUGGUCCAGCCUGUGGAGAUCCUGUUAUACAGACUCAACUGCUGUCAGCAACUGCUACGACUACCCUGUGCUCUGGUCUGUGGAGGGCUCCAUCCAGAUAGUGCGAGGCCUGCUGAUGGCAGCUCUUUCCCUGGGCAUGAUGGGCUUUGUGCUCAGUCUGAUGGGUAUGGAGUGUACUUUCAUUGGGGGUAAAGACCGGUCAAAGUACAAGAAGAUCUACACCGGCGGGUGGUGCCACAUAAUCAGCGGUUUGCUGUCCACAUGUGGGUAUGCUGUUUAUGCACAGUAUGUCUCAGUAGAAUACUUCAACCCUGAUUUUGAUGGACUGAAGUAUGACCUUGGCACCCCGCUGUUCCUCGGCUGGGUUGGCUCGAUCUUUCAAAUGACUGGUGGUUUCUUCUAUCUGUGGUCAGUGUGUACGCCACUCUGUGGAGGAGAGGACAUGGUAAUCAACGUCCAGCCACUACCAGACCCCAAGCAAAACAUGGUCACCACUGCUCUGUGCAAAGUGUCCUCUGUGUCCGAACUGUCUGAACGCUCAGACGUGUCUGACAUUUUCUCAAGAUCCAAAUCUGGACGCACGGCCAAGUCAGGGCGGCCAUUGAAGAUGGGGCAAACCACCAGGUCUGCAGGGUCGAGGUCAGGGUCGGGGUCGGAGUCCGGCCUCUCGGCGAGGUCCAGCAUAUCGAUUUUGUCCGAGUCCAGGAGCAGCAGCACUGGCAGCAGCAGCCGGACAGUGUUGUCGUUGUCAGGCAGCUCAAGGAGUGAGACUACACCGUUCAUAAAAAACUCUUAUAUUUGAAUAAAUGUGAGUCAUUAUGUGAAGGACACAUAUUAAUGAAUUUGAUUAACCGGUGGUAUGAUGCUUUUCUAUUCAAUUUUUGAAUCUUUUGCAAAAUGCAAAUUCAGUGGUAUGUAUUUUGUAUUCAUAAUUGUGUGACAAAUCCUUGUUUUAAAAAUCUUUUUUUACUGAAUCAAUUUGUGUAAAGUUCUUGCUGCCUGUUGUUCAUGUUUAUCAUCUAUAAUGUAACAAAACUAGCCUCUUACUAGACACAAUAUAUAUUCAUGCAAUAUAACAUGUAACUAAGGUAUCCAUCAAUUUAUAAUAGUACUGUCAGCCUUUGUGUAGCCUUUAAAACCACAACUAAAACUCCACCAGGCUAAUCAGGUCUAGUUGACAGUAAACAGUGUCUGCUUUGCUGUUCAAACCUUCACACAAAUACACGAGCAGCUGCUGUAACAGGACUGGAAUUCUAGAGCUUUAAUGUGAAGCAAAACGCUUGUGGCUUUUUAAAUUGGCUUUUUUUUAUUACUGGUGGACUACUUCCUUUACAAGGUAGGAAGUCAUUAAAGACCUUCACAUCUGGCAUUAUUGGCUCUGCUUUUCCAGUUGAAUUUAAGUUAUCUGACUUUUAGCUAUUGACUGCUAACUUUACAAAAGCUAAAGUGUUGUAGACACAUUCAAAACUAAAGUAAACAUCUCAGUAACUAUUUGUACUUAAUUGGUGAAGGCUCUUCUAUUUACCAAACUGAACGGAUGUGGGGGAGAAUGGGUCAGAUCCUGGGCCUGCUGCUCUGCAUACUGGGCUGGGGCUUUGUGGGUUGCACCAUUGCUAUGGACCACUGGAGGCAGUCAGGGGCCUUCUGAUGAUUGGCCUAUGCGUCGGCUUGAUUGGCACAGUGCUCACAUUUUUUAGAAUGGAAUGAACACACAUUGGUGGAGACCAGAGAAGUAACGACAGGAUUUUAAUAACAGCAUCUGCUUUCCAUCUGGUCGGCUGUGUAUCAGAUGUGGCUGGCUAUUGUUUAUAUAGAAACACAGUGACAGCAGUUUUUUUUACACAGCAAAGCAGAUCCAUCAAAACUGAGGUAACGUGGUCUUAAAAUAACACUCAUUAAUAGGUAAAUGUCACAAAAAAUGCAAGACAGAAGAAAAUUUUAAUGGUUAUCUCUUCAGAUAUGAAAUUGGACCACCCCUACACCUUGGCCUGGUGGGGAGUUUCCUCAUUUUACUUGGCUGUAAAGUUCACUGUGCAACUGCUUGCUCAAUACAAUACUCACUAAUGUAUUGUUACUGUUGCUGUUUCUGACUGGAUACAAUACUCUCUCUGCAGCAGGCAUCCCAUAGUUCCCUCCAUCAGAGAGAAAACAAAGAAGAAAAACAAGUGUUGAGAUGAAAAAGGCGCAUCUAUGGUCCAUAAAAAAAAAAAAGGUAAAAUGUCUCCAAAAGUGUACACGAUGGCUUCUGUUGUGAUUGUGUAAUCAGAGCCUUAACCAGGAUUUCAGAAAUACUGAGGUCAGAAAUUCAAUUUGACCCAACAAUUGUUUUUCAAAUGUACUCUAUUAUAAAGCCCAAAGCCUUGUGUAGAAAUAAUAGCCUACCAAAUUAGCUAUGUAUAUACAAAAAUAAACGAUGAAAAAAUGG